AUGCAUCCCGGAAACCCUUUCCUUUCGACAUACAAGAAGUCACCCCUGACACUCGAUCGUUUGCUGGAAGGACGGCCUAUUGCCGCGCAGAAUAGUAGUCUUCUGAAUCUCCCAGUUGAAAUCCUGUCUGAGAUCGUCAAAUAUAUUGAGACGGACAAGUCAUCAUUGGCCUCUCUUGCGCUCGUCAACUCGGAUUGCCGUCAAUUGGCACGAUCCUGCCAAUUUCGCGAUGUCCUAAUUGAUUUUAGCCCUCGUUCAUCAUAUAUUCUUGGGGUCCUCAUCCGCGAAGCUACCGAGCGAAUGAGGACCAAGGACCGCCUUACUCGGCGGCCAGCACUGGGCGCCUGUGUUCGCUACAUGACAACGAAUUUAACCCACUACUGGAAGGAGCGUAAAGCUAUGAGACCCAAGAUUUCAGAGGGUGAAGCCUCAACUGAUAGGGCUGCUUUCCAGCAGUGGAUGGAACUCUCCGGAAAUGUGUCAACAAGAAUUGACCAUGUCUAUGAUCCUUCAUUACUUCUAGUUAUCACUACAUUACCGCAUCUGGAAAUUCUAGAUUGGGACAAAGUUGCCGAUAUCAAUCCCUACUUUCUGGACAGUCUGGGGGCUUCCACAGUCAAGCAUUUGAAGUUUGAAGGCAACCUUGACUCUGACAACAUGGCUAUGCAGUUAGAAGAUGGGGCGUCGUGGCCGCUACUGAGUCUCGAUAUUCAUGUCAAGUGGGAUUUCGGAUAUCGUUGGGAGCGCGAGACAGUUGACGCGUCUCCUUUCUGGAACGGUCUGUUUCAAGCAUGCUGCUCCACACUCCGUAUCCUGAAAUGCACUCAUAUACAGAUUCAUAGGCGCGAAGAUAAGGCGAUCUCUUUUAAUGCUCACUUUCCCCAUCUUCAGUUUCUAUUUAUUCAGUACGAUAUGCCGAUAAGUCAACCAUCGUUGAUAAGCCUCCUGCAAAGCCCACGACUGUCUACCUUGGUCAUCAACAUCGGAGAUUCGAUCACAGUAAAUGCCAUGGAUCAAGUUGGUUACCUCCGAUCACUUGAGACUCUCGUCUGGAAUGGGGUCAACCUCCCUGCCACGCUGUCUCUCCGAUCCCUUGAGCACAACAGUCAGUUGAAGAAAUUCGGCAUUCUUUGGAGCCAAUCACCCUCCCUCCUAGAGCGGAUUGUCCCAGCAUUGACAUCAUGUUACAAUCUCAAAACCCUUUCCUUGAUAUGGGAUGAGAAGAUCAUUUCGAGCGUCACGCUCAUGUCUCUCUCUCGUCUGUCCUCACUCGAAGAGCUACAUAUCAGUGCCGGGCACCAAACGGGGUGGAGACACAACUGGUUUGUUGACCAUAACGCCAUACGAAACAUACUGGCUCCAUUGCGCAAGUUGAAAAUAUUUCUCAUUUCACGAGAUUCAUAUCAAAUCAACAAACAAUUACCAAACGCGGAAGAGAACUCAUACUACGACUACCGAGUACCGAGUGGGGAUGAUUAUAUCGAGUUUAUGGAGCAGCAGCAAUCAGCAGAUGAUGGCCAGGUGAUUGACUCCCUGCACGAUGUGUGGGAGAAGUUGCAUUUGCGGCGUAUGACGCAACAGGCCGAGAAGUACGCGGCUGUCUUUCUAGAGCUGCAGUGGAUCUAUAUCGGGCAGCUUGUAUUCACGUUUCGGCAGUGCCCCGAUGGGCAACAAGUCACUGUAUCAUCUUCUGCCGACAGAAAGCCAGAUUUUCCAAUCUAUGAAACUUUGUUUGGCGUCUGGUCUAAGUAA